CCCCAUCAAUGCAUGCCCCCAGCUCGCCACGAGCCGAUCCGGAGCCGUCGACUGGCCCGACCGGCGCCGCGCUGCCGGCCGGAGAGAGAAGAGACGUCGUCAAAAGCUCUGCCUCGCUCGCUGCAGCUCUGCAGCUUUCUCGGUCCGGAGGAAAAGCCAACACAAAACCAGAGAACAGAGAGAGAGAGUGGCAGCAGCAGCAGCAAGGUAUGGGCAGCUCAUGAGCAGCAGCGUACGACCUCUCGCUCUGCUCGCCAUUUCUGCGCGCUUAAAAAGGAGUUCUUGGUGCGUGGUGGUGGUGGUGGUGGUGUGCUCUGUUCGCGAGCAAGAACUGCUACUGCUGCGGCCAUGAUGGAGGACGGCGGCGGCCAGGAGCACCUGGAUUUGAUCAUGCGCCACCACGGCAGCAUGGGGCUGGAUCGCUGCUGCGAGAGCGAGGAGGCGCUGGGGUCGUCGGAGUCGGAGCCGACGACGAGGCCGGCGCGGCCGCGGGGCAAGAGGAGCCGCGCCGCCGAGGUGCACAACCUCUCCGAGAAGAGGAGGAGGAGCAGAAUCAACGAGAAGAUGAAGGCGCUGCAGAGCCUCAUACCCAACUCCAGCAAGACGGACAAAGCCUCCAUGCUCGACGAUGCCAUCGAGUACCUGAAGCAGCUUCAGCUCCAGGUUCAGAUGUUGUCCAUGAGAAAUGGUCUAUAUCUGCCCCCGGUGAACUUAUCUGGAGCGCCUGAGAAUCUGCCAGUCCCACAAAUGUGUGCUGCACUUGAUCAGAACAGUGCCAAAGCAUCACACCCCUCGGUCGUUUUGCAGCCGGCGAACCAGAUUUCAGGAGCACAUCUUCCAUUUGAGCUGCCAAACCAGCAUAAACCUCUUUUCUUACCAGGUGUACCUAAUACAACCACUCCAGAGCCCCGGUUACUUGUAGAGUCUUCAAGAUCCAAUCUUCAAUCCUUACGUUUCACUGAAUCCGCUGAGAUGAUCUAUCCAGAUGAGAUGAUGUUAAAGCACCGCCUGACUUCAGCUAAUGAGAGCACAGCUGUGCCAGGAACCGAUGCAAAGUCUGGUAGGCAGGACACAUACAUGAUGAAUGCUGAUCGUUUUGAUACAUAUGCACUCAGCAAGGACCAGUUGCAGAACAUUAUGCCGGAAAACACAGAAAAUGUACUUGAUAUGCCACACUUGCAUAGGUUGCAAACUGGUGACGCUGAAGUUAGGGUGGAGGGCAGGAUCAAAGUAAACCUAUGAUCUAAUUUCCUAUUGGACUUUGUGGUUGUGGAAUGCUUUUGAAAAUGUAGUGUAGCUUAAUGAUGAUUGGUGAUCAUGAGCAGAACCUAGAACAUUAUGUACUCUGGUGUAGUGGUGUGAAAUGCUUUGUAAAGAGACAUUAUAAGCUGCCAGUGACAAUGAAAAUAUCCUUUGUUAAGAAAUGUGGAAGAUAACAUCAAAUUAUAUCAAUAUUGCCAAUGUGCCAAGGCUGGAAUUU